CAGUCUCCCUCCCUCUCUCUCUCCCUCCCCAUCUCUGAUUAGAUAUACCGAUUCCUCCUUUCAAUGGACGUCAUUUAAGCGCAGACUCCUGCCUUGAGUUGCGUCCUCCGCUUCACGCCCGAUUUCCGACCGUUCUUUCCCUCAUUAUUAAGUAUUCCUGCGGUGCUAAUAGUCAUGAAUGCGCUCUAUUAGGAGUCCGAGGGGAGAGAGACGAAGAAGCGGCUCUUUUGCUAAUAUGAGCUCAAGCGAGGGGACGGCAGCACUGUGAUAGAAGCCAAAGGGGGAGAAAAGGGGAGAAAAGAGGGUUCACCAAGAGAAACUUUUCGACCCAAAGCGGCCAGCAACGACGAAUUUUUUUUGUUUUUGUUUUUAGACCCACACGAAGGGCAGCGGGGAUCUAACCGUUCGUUUCUGAUGGAUUAUCGUCCUGCUCCUGUGGCACGUAUCUGACCGCCGGGGCCAUCGUGAUCUUUUCGGGAGAGAAGAGUCUUCUUUUGGGGGCUAUAACAUUUUUUGUUUUGCUGGUUAAUUCCAUUGGCUCGCCCUCCCCCUCCCUCUCCCCAACCCUAAACACUCAAAGUGUUUUUUUUUAAACUGAUUAUUCUGUCCUUGAGUGGCACCAAAAUAAUCCUUUGAAAUGUUAGUGCACAGUUUUUCCGCGAUGGACCGUCACGACGGCACCAGCAAUGGGACAGCCAGGCUACCUCAGCUGGGCGGCGUGGGCCAGAGUCCCUACACGAGCGCCCCUCCGCUCUCCCACACGCCGAACUCGGACUUCCAGCCCCCGUACUUCCCUCCGCCCUACCAGCCCAUCUACCCGCAGUCUCAGGACCCUUACUCGCACGUCAACGACCCGUACUCCCUCAACUCCCUGCACGCCCAGCCGCAGCCGCAGCACCCGGGCUGGCCGGGCCAGAGGCAGAGCCAGGAGAGCGGCCUGCUCCACCAGCACCGCGGCCUGCCCCACCAGCUGUGCCGGGAGUACCGCAGGGAAGUGCUGCUACCGUCCGGCCACGGCAUCGAUACGGGACUGUCGGACUCUAUCUCUCUCCAUGGAAUACCUCACUCUUUAGACGACGUUCAGUCCGUUGAUGAUCAAGGAAUUCACAUUCCCGACCAGACUGUAAUUAAAAAAGGUCCAGUGUCUUUAUCCAAGAACAACAACAUCUCCUCCAUCCCCGUAAACAAGGACGGUCUUUUCGGGGGAGUGGUUAACCCCAACGAGGUGUUCUGCUCUGUUCCGGGUCGCCUGUCCCUCCUCAGCUCCACGUCAAAGUACAAGGUCACUGUGGCAGAGGUGCAGAGACGCCUCUCGCCGCCCGAGUGCCUCAACGCCUCCCUGCUGGGUGGAGUGCUGAGGAGGGCCAAGUCUAAGAAUGGAGGAAGAUCCUUAAGGGAGAAGCUGGAUAAGAUCGGCUUGAAUCUACCUGCGGGCAGACGUAAAGCUGCCAACGUCACGUUGCUGACGUCACUAGUCGAAGGCGAAGCGGUUCAUCUUGCCAGGGAUUUUGGUUAUGUAUGCGAGACCGAGUUUCCAGCCAAGGCGGUAGCUGAAUAUGUAAACCGUCAGCAUUCCGACCCAAACGAACAAGUCCAAAGAAAAAACAUGCUGUUGGCCACGAAGCAAGUCUGCAAAGAGUUCACAGACCUGCUGUCCCAGGACCGCUCGCCGCUCGGGAACUCGCGGCCGCAGCCCAUCCUUGAACCGGGGAUCCAGAGCUGUUUGACCCACUUCAGUCUAAUCUCACACGGCUUCGGGACCCCGGCGCUGUGCGCGGCAGUCACGGCCCUGCAGAACUAUCUGACCGAGGCUAUCAAAGCCAUGGACAAAAUGUACCUCAACAACAACCCCAACAGUCACUCAGAUAACGGCACUAAAGGCGGAGACAAAGACGAGAAGCACAGAAAGUGAUGUUUCCCUCCCACCUGCACCGAAGGCCAACCCACCCCCCACCC